CAGAGUGUGUGUGUCAGCGUUGCAGGUGUCACAUUAAGGUGAUGUGUUUAAUCAUCAGUUCACAUACGAGGGGACCUGCCCUCUUCACACUCUCAACAUGUGACACAGUGUGUCGGCUUUUUGGUGAUGUGGUGAUUUGGUGAUCAUGCGGUCAGUGUGGGAUUCAUCCCUGAAGAGGACACUUAGCACAGGCUGCCCUGACACUGUGUGUGUGUUCUAAGGACAGAGGCCUUCUCUUUGUCCUGUUUCGUGUGGUGAGCGUGAACCAGCAGUCUGAUGAGACUCAGGUGUAAGCGUUACAUUCAACAGGUGUGUGUGUGUGUGUGUGUCUGUGUGCAACACAGGAGGCAGCAGUCUGUGCUUUUUUUUCUGUGUGUGUGUGUGUGAGUUUUGUGGCAAACACCGAGGAUGUCUAAUGACACCGUCAACUUCUACGCCCUGUCACAGUCCUUCAGCUUCUCUGAUAUUAUUGUAAUAGCGACGUACUUUCUGCUCAACAUCGCUGUCGGCAUCUGGUCAUCAUGCAGGGUCAGCAGAAAUACUCUGAGUGGAUAUUUCCUGGCUGGACGAGACAUGGCCUGGUGGCCGAUCGGAGCGUCUCUGUUUGCCAGCUCAGAGGGUUCAGGUCUGUUCAUCGGUCUGGCUGGAACUGGAGCUGCCGGAGGCAUCGCUGUCGCCGGCUUUGAAUGGAAUGCCACGUAUGUGCUGCUGGCUCUGGCCUGGGUUUUUGUGCCUGUCUACAUCUCCUCAGGGAUUGUGACGAUGCCCGAGUAUCUGGGUCGUCGUUUCGGAGGAGAGAGGAUCAGAACCUACUUGGCCGUCCUCUCACUGCUGCUGUCCGUCUUCACAAAAAUAUCAACUGACCUGUUCUCGGGAGCCUUGUUUGUUCAGGUGUGUCUGGGAUGGAACCUGUAUCUGUCCACUGUCCUCAUGCUGGUGGUCACUGCACUCUACACUAUUGCAGGUGGACUUGCCGCUGUCAUCUACACCGACACUCUUCAGACAUUUAUCAUGAUUAUAGGAGCGAUAAUCCUGACAAUCACUGCCUUUAACAAGAUCGGAGGGUAUGGUAACCUGGAGCGCGUGUACAGCAUGGCAGUGCCCAGUAAGAUCAUCCCCAACAGUAGCUGCCACCUCCCACGUGAGGAUGCCAUGCACCUGUUCAGGGACGCCGUCACUGGAGACCUGCCCUGGCCCGGCAUGACACUGGGACUCACUAUACUGGCGACCUGGUACUGGUGCACCGACCAGGUGAUUGUGCAGCGGUCACUGUCUGCUAAGAACAUGAGUCAUGUGAAAGGAGCAUCGAUCCUGGCGGCCUGGCUGAAGAUGCUGCCCUUCAUCUUCAUCAUCCUCCCUGGUAUGAUCAGUCGAGCUCUCUACCCAGACACGGUGGGAUGUGUCGAUCCCGAGGAAUGUGUACGAGUGUGUGGAGCUGAGGUGGGCUGCUCCAACAUUGCCUUCCCCAAAAUGGUCAUUGAGCUCAUGCCAAGUGGUUUGCGAGGGUUGAUGAUAGCAGUGAUGAUGGCAGCUCUGAUGUCUUCACUGACCUCCAUCUUCAACAGCAGCUCCACACUCUUCACCAUGGACAUCUGGAAGAAACAUCGACCUCGGGCCUCAGAGAAAGAGCUGCUACUCGUCGGCAGGAUUGUGACAGUGAUCCUGGUGGUGGUCAGUGUGGUGUGGAUCCCCAUCCUUCAGUCGGCAAAUAGUGGCCAACUAUACGUUUACAUCCAGUCAGUGACGAGCUACCUCGCUCCGCCUGUCACCGCUGUAUUCACUCUGGCUAUCUUCUGGAAGAGGACCAAUGAGCAGGGUGCAUUCUGGGGCCUGAUGGUGGGGUUGGUGGUGGGUGUGUGUCGGAUGGUGCUGGAGUUCGCCUUCCCUCCUGCCAGAUGUGGCGUCGUGGACUCUGCACCCGCAGUACUGCGCAGUGUCCACUACCUUCACUUCGCCAUCCUGCUCUGUGGACUCACUGCUAUUGUGGUUGUUGUCGUGUCGUUGCUCACGCCGCCGCCGAGCGCCGAACAGCUCUGUAAUCUGACAUGGUGGACAAUAACUGAAGAGCCGCAGAGGGAGAUUCCUCUCCAAAAAGUGUCCUCUGUCAGCCACCGUAGCUCCCAGGGCUCUGGGCCAAAUCUGCGGAUGACAUGUGGUCAGAGGGUGGGAUUCUGCGUCUCAGCAGUGCAGCGCUCGAACGAGGCCCCGGCCCCCAGAGUUCCCACUCUGAGGGAGAGCGUGUUCUGGUCGAGGUUCUGCUGUGCUAAUGCACUCCUGCUGAUAGGCAUUAACAUUUUCCUCUAUGCAUACUUUGCAUAGAGCGUGUGGAGACUCUGCAAAAAAAAAUAAUCUGCAACUGAUUCCUCUCCAGAUCCGAGAAAGAACGUGCAGAAACAAACGUGUCUGUGCUUGAGAUUUUUAACCUAGAAACGGUGUAUAUUUCACAACGUCAUGUGCCGCAAACGUCCAUAUUUCCAAGUUAGAAAACACCCAGAGGCCACGUUCGUCCUUUGAGGCUACAUAAAUGUUUAAUUUUCAUUAUUUUUUCCGGUGAUAGCAAAUGCUUGUGUCCACAUUUGCAUCACAUUACUCCGUGAUUGUAAAUAAUGGAAAACACAUGUCAGACAAAAAUGUGAGAGAACUGUCAACAUGUUCGUGUUUUUGUUUUAACUAUGAGUAGCACACAUUAAAAUGAAACUUUAUGGUUAUUAUUUUACUACCACCCCACAUAUCUGAUCUUGGUUUAUUCAUUAUACAAUUCCAGUAUAUUUGUUGUAACCUACAAAUUGCAAUGAGGUUUGUAACAAGCAACAUCAUGCUUGUGCCGGUUGCAUAUAUUAUACUUAAAAGCUUACCCAAUACAUAAUGAGGCAUUAAAAAGAGUGGUUAAAGUUGAAUGUGGCUCUCAUAAUUGAAUUUGCUUUUGAAUUAAUGUGCUAAAAUGGUAAUUACAGUGUUGUUUUGUCGACAGCCUUUUGUCUCAGGAGGUUUUGUGAACCUUUAGUUGUUGUUAGUGUGUUCUAAACCUUUUUAAUUAAUAUAUAUGAAUACAAAUAAUUGACUGUGGCUGCUCUGAGUGCCCAAACCCACAUGACUGCUGCAGAUAUUACAGUUUUUAAUUGCCAUGAAAAUCUGUUUCCAUGCAGUUUUAUCUCCAAAUGCAUCCAAAUUGCAUUUAUAGAAUACAUGUAUGUAUUAGAAUGCAAAUGACAUUGUAUAAGUAGAAGAAUCUCUAUUAUAACAUUGAUGUUACUGUGAAUUUGAGUAGAUUUUUAUAUCGGUGAAGUGUUAAGAAGUGCACGCUGUGAAACGUGAAGCACUACGUGUCGGUCAAACAUAAAUAUCUUGACUCUGUGUCCAUCAAAUACAGUUUUUCCUUGUGCCCUCUCUGUAAUAAAUAUAAAGAUCUAUGCGU